AUGGACGGCCCUUCCUGGAAAGAGAAAGAGCAUCCACCCUAUGGCGCCCACAACACCCAAGAGUAUGACGAGCAGCACGGACGCUGGUGGUGGCAGAAAAAGGAAGUGUUUCGUCCAAAGCUAUACACCACCAUUGGCAAACAUGCUCGCAGUCCUCGUUUGAGCCGAACGAUUGUGAGGUGGGCUGGCAACACGCCGAACUUCAGAAAGUUGAAACGUGACGUGUACAGAAAGAGAUGGCCGAAACCGGAUCAGCUGAACUACCGCCUCUUUGCGGAGUUCUGUUUGAAGGAGUUCAACAAGCGAAGCUUGUUGGAGACGGCUCACACAUUGCCACUGUACGGCGCUGGUUGUAAGUUCUGGAGAGCUCCAGACGAAAAUCAUCCGGAAACCAAGGGUCAAUACUUUGUCGCUGACCAAAUCGAGUACCGGCUGAGACCCAUCAGAGGAGAUAUCCGCGGAACGCAAUACCUCUACGGCCGCCCCGCCCGCGCUGGCAUCGCACCCAUCGCCAAAUCUCUCGGGUCGUGGCGCUUUGAAACUCCUGAAAAUGGCCAUCCUUUGGUCUAUCGUCCACCCUUCCCAGAAAUGGCCAAAGAGGUCGCAGAGGCACUUAUCGCUAUGUGGACAGAGGAGAAGUGGCACGGAGCGAAAUGGGGUGACGUUCAUCCACCAAGGUCGGACAAGUUGAAGGUGAUUCAGCUGCGGGAGAAAGGUCUCUCCAAGACCGAGAUUUCCGAAAAAGUUGGGCGAUCCGAACAUUGGGUGAAAAGGUGGUGGCGAGAACAUCCCGCCACUCUGGAACGCCCCGCCGGCUCGCGCGACGUAGUCUUGAAGAAAGCCUCGAUCAACGCCUUUCGCGACCUGGACAUCAGGCGUCGCUUCAUCAGCGAAGAUUCCACGUACAAAUCCCUGGUGGACAAGGUGACUUGGCGCCAAGCCAAAGUGGUGGCGCGAGAUGUUAACACUGGAGAGUUGGCCUUGAGAUACAAUGAGAAGGGCCAAUCUUUGAGCGCAGGUCGACAAGUCGCUGACUAUUCCGGUGGUCUCGACUUUUUGGAUGAGAUCCUCCAAAAAGUGUUCACACAGAUGAACAUCCGCGACCCGCAAGCCCGGAUCUUCAUGAACUUCUAUGCAGACGGGAAGGACAAAGUUGCUGCCCAUCGACAUGAUUUCUGGACCUGCUUGCUUUCCUUCGGGUCUCCCCGGAUUUUGACGGUGGACGGCCGGCCGGUGCUGUUGCGGGACGGCGAUUUGAUCGUCUUUGGCACUCAGAACCAUGGGGUGCCGCCCAUGCCUGACAUCUCGGACGGAAGGGUGUCGCUGGUGAUUUUUUUCUAUCCCGACGCUGACAACUUGGAGCGACAGUGGCAGACCAUCAACGAAGAUGAAGAAGAGAAGAGUAGCGCAGAUGUGGUGCAGCUGCUUAGCGGUGGGAUGGAUAAGGGCUUCAAGGCUUCACUUCUUUGGGGCGAAAGCAAAGAUGAGACUUCAAAGUCCUGUGACUGCGGCACGGAUUCGGCUGCCUCAGCACUGACCCAAGCCCUUGACCCUGGGCUUGCCAAGAGGUCCCUGCUCAGCAGUCCCAACUCAGAUCUCCAAUUCGACAGUCAGCAGCAGCCACCAGCUGCGCCCGCUGCCGCGGUCUUUUCCAUCGCGACGGGUGGCCACAAUGGAUACGCUGCUGAUGAGAGAAGAGUUGAGGAGAAAGACUUUUUCAAGUGGCUCACCAGCCACGGCAUCACCAGCCUUUGGGACCUUCGGAGCCCGGCCAGUGACUGGUCGGAGCCCGGCCAGUUGAAGCGCGCCUGUGCGGCGCGGUCCAUCGCAUAUCGCACCUAUCCCUUGGGUCGUCGCGAAGCUGGAGGCCUUCCGGGCCAUUUGCGCAGCGAGGAGGGACAGGAUGUGCUCAGACGAUUUGCAGAGGUGGCGACGCUCGGCGGCCGUGCAGCGUUUGCAGUGGCGCAAUCUGGACACUCUGCUGGCACUGCCCGGGCAGAGGUGGCCGAGCAGCUCCUGCUUACUGCUGCCGUGGCCAAGGUGCUGCACAUCCUGCCGGGAGGGCAGCUGCAGGAGCAUGUCGCAACGGGAGCUGCGGAGGCACCACCGGCACCUGCGAAGGUUGAGGUGCAGCUGACUUCACCAGCUGCAGAAGCGCCAAAAGAGGCCGGAACGAAGUGGAAGCCGCAGCCGCUGAAGGUCGUCGCACCCGCUGGGGCCGUCGCAAAGGAUGACAUGACGACCGUGGCGCGGCGCCGUGGUGCCAGGUGUGCAUUGGCGCGGCAAUCUACGGAGGUGGACGACCUGGGACUGUACGCUCAGGGUGUGAAGAAGCAGUUGGAGAGUGCCCCAGAUGUCAUCGCUAUGCAGGAGUCCUUGAAGCUCCUGGCCUUGUCGCGUCGUUUGAGCGCCACUCGCGUGCAGUUGCUCUCGGACCUCCGGCAGCAAGGCCAGAGGCUGCAGGCCCUCAGCAACGAGAAGACGCAACUCUCGCUGGAGAUCAACAACCUGCAGGAUCGGCAUGCUCUUUUGCAGUCCAACUACGAUGUCAUCAAAGCAUCCCAAGUGUCAAGCGAGGACCUUAACAGCACCGAGAUCUCUGGUAACAGCACCGAGCUGCUAUUGAGUUCAAGGCAGCGCGCCUUGCUGGGUAGCCUGGCUGUGACGACACAGGAGAGUUCUGGCAUGAGGCAACACGGUUUCUUCGUCGACGUCUUAAGCCUGGACAAUGGUGAAGCAUCGCUGGCUGCGGGAGCGCCCCAUCCAGAGACCUUGGAUGCCUGGGAGUUGGCGGUGCGGAAGGUCUACGAACAGCACGUGCUCAGACUGCAGAAACAGAUGCUGAUUGCGGAUAGUAAAGCCCUUGAGAUGGGCUUGAAUGUGCAAGACUUUCGGGACCAGAUCCAACGGCAAGAAGAGGAGAAGCAAGACCUUUCAGAUCAGGUUUCAUCGACCAAAAAGGAACUUGACAGUCUGCGGGAGGAUAUGGAGGCGACGAGGAAGAACUACGACGGCCAGCUGGAGCGCGAUCCCAAGCACAAGAUCGCUUGGCGACAGGCCUUGGUGUCCAAUGAUGGACGCAUGACGAUGUUGCUGAAUGGUCUCGAGACCUUGCUGGAACAAAAUGGAGCGACAGAAAUGGUGCCCUUUGUGGCCGGGAAGUCCUUGAGUGUGGCUGACUUGGCAAUUUGGAGAGCCGUGGGAUGGCUUUCAAGUGGUGUGAUUGAUGGCAUUCCUAGCACUUAUGUGCAGCAGUUUCCCAAGCUGUGGGCAUUGCACUGCGCGGUGGACCCAAGCCCAGAAGCUUCAGUUUUCGAAGGUGUUGUGAAAGGAAGGCUUGGAGAGCAAUAGUGUGAGGAUGACCAGAAGGAGAGGAAGGAGGAGACCCAAGGAGGACAGGAAGGAGCAGAGCAAGGAAGAGGGGGAAGGAGAAGAGCAAGAAGGACUGCAAGGAUGCAGGCAAGGAAGAAACAAUCAAUUUUCGAAACCACGGUUCCAAUGGUAAAAAAUAAAAAACCGCACCACUAUGCACGCAAGCGAUAAAGGAAUUUGGACCCUCUGUUCUCCACUGAACAGAUCUGUAGAGAUUUGACCUUUGUAAUGUGCAAAAGCUUUGCACCUAAAACAUCCUAAAACAAUGUCCAAGUGGGACAAUUUUCACCCUCACUAGCUGUAGCUGCUGGCUGUUUGGGGUCAAAA